AUGUUCUUAGAUAGAGACACAAGACACAAUAUAUACCUCACUUUUGUAGCUUUUAUUUUACAUUGA